AUGGCGGCUUACAUGACCGCAAACCGUCCCGAAUAUUUAUCUUAUAACAAUGAUCUGGUACCAGACUGGGAAAGUCAGGAAGUCAGCACGGGGACCACGAUCAUGGCAGUGGAGUUUGACGGAGGCGUGGUAAUUGGAGCUGACUCCCGAACAACAACAGGGGCGUAUAUAGCUAACCGGGUGACAGACAAGCUAACUCCAAUUCAUGACAGCAUCUUCUGCUGUCGCUCCGGCUCGGCGGCGGACACUCAGGCCAUAGCGGAUGCUGUUACGUACCAGCUGGGCUUCCACAGUAUUGAGCUGGAUGAGCCCCCAUUGGUUCUGACGGCCGCCAAUCUGUUUAAGCAGCUGUGCUAUAGGUACAGAGAGGAGCUGAUGGCUGGGAUCUUAAUAGCAGGGUGGGACAAAAGGAGGGGCGGACAGGUGUACACUGUGCCCAUGGGAGGGAUGUUGGUGAGACAGCCAGUGUCUGUUGGGGGGUCAGGCAGCUCCUAUAUCUAUGGCUUUAUGGACUCUAACUACAAGCCAGGCAUGACCAAAGACGAGUGUCUGCGCUUCGUCACUAAGGCUUUGACGCUGGCGAUGGAACGUGACGGGUCAUCAGGGGGCGUGGCCAGACUGGCCGCCAUUACAGAGGCGGGUCUUGAGAGGAGUGUGGUUCUGGGAAAUAAGCUGCCCAAAUUUUCCAGUGCUUAGACUGGAAUGGACAGCGUCCCAUCAGGGCGUCUGGACUGGAUGACAGACCCGCUCUGUUAGCCAAGCCGCUCUGUCUGUUACUCAUCGUUAAUGCCGUCAGGCAGACACCUGUCGUAUGUAACAGUUACUCUUCAGGUUUUUUUGGAAAGUAUUUUAA